AUGGUCGAGAUCAAAAUCGGGAAUGCUACGCAUUAUAUCAUGGCAUUUUCCCCAAUAAAGACUUGGAAGGGAGGACGAGUUACAGCUCCCAAGUACAGAGCGCAUCAACAUGCUGCCAGUAUCUGGUGUCCGUUUAACGAAUCCAGUCCAUUGUGUGUCUGCCUAUGGAAGCGUCUAAUGCCCUCCCCCGACCCGAUCCAGUGUGGCAAUUCUCCGUUUCUGCAAAACGAUAGGCUGAAUGAAUUUGAGUACUUCAAUGUAGAGGUCGAUGUCGCCCGGCUUCAAGGGAGCAUCGGAGGUGCAAGGCUACGGAAAGCUACGUAUUCUCAAAUCGGGAAUAGUAGGGUAUGGAACAUAGGAAACGUGAUAGGAAUUAAAUGUAAUGCAAAGAUAACAGCAUCCCUCGGAUUCGACCUCCAUUCAUCUAAGGCAUUAAGGAUAAGCCAUGUCUUCUGCCAUUCUUAUUCAAUUUGCAGGAAAUUCAAUAACUCAGCCAAGCCCAUUCACCUUCUGAGGGAGGGCUCCAAUGCGAAUUUAGUGUUCAUCCUUCACUAUGUCCAUCCGCUUACAAUAGAUGAUCCUCAACAGCGAGUAGCGCUCGAACACUCUUCACGAUACUGGAUAGAUAGUGACGGAAUAGGUCUCAAGAAAUCAGUUGCCUAUAUUCUCCUCAUGCUGAAAAGGGCAUUCUGA